CGAGCCUCCAAGGGGCGUCGCUGGCACCGCGGAGCGCGCCGCCCGGCGGCCCCGCUUCGGGCGGCCGCCCCACAUGAAGGGGCGCGGCCGGGCGCCCCCCGCCGGGCCAUGGGGCGGAAGCGGCAGACGGAGGGUGGAGCCGCGGAGGGCCCUGCCGCCGCGCUCGGGGGCGGCGGCGUGACCGCCCUGCACCGCUUCCUCCCGGGCAACCCGUACCUGGUUGGACUGCCUCAGUUCGCAUUGCGAAGCCCGCUGUGGGAGACCCACGAGUCGCUGAGCGCUCUGUUAGAUGGAGGCGCGAACGCCUCGACGUCCUUGCCGGUAGAGCCACCAGCGAAGCACGUCAUCACGCACGAGUCGUGGAAGCUGGUGAAGGUGGAGCCCGAGGUGCAGGACCUGGCGGACCACUUCGGGCUCGACGGGCGCAUCGCGGGCAAGCUGCAGGAGGCGCUCGACACGCGCGAAGAGCCAGGUGAGGACCUCGAGGUGCUGUGGGAGAUUCUCGACGAGGCCAGAAAUCCGCCAGGGCUCACGAUGAUCAAGGUUAAGGAGAUGUUGGAGGGGACCUACCGGGCUGGAGAGAAGCAAGACGCUGGUGUCAAGGCCUUGGCUGAGAAGUUCAACUUGGACGAGAGGGCAACGUAUAAGCUCGGCGAGGUGUUGUCGACGAGGCCAAACCGGAAAGAGGUGAGCUUGCCGCGCGCGUUGGUUUGCUUCCAUGCUCUUGCCCCAGUGCCUAGUAUUGCUCUGGCCACCCCAGCUAUGCAAGCCUAGGUCUUAGCCACAGCACUUUCUUGGUCCACGGAGCACCUCCAAGAUUCAAACUCCAUGCCAGCUGCUGCGAGGGGGCGAAGCAGCCUGUCUCCCUGCCCGUUUUCCUAGGACCACGUCCUGUCGUC